AUGGCCAAGUACCAGUUGCCCGAAGGCCCCGUCGGCCUCGCCAUCAAGGUCUUGGCGGGGCUUGCAGCAGCUUUCUUGUGGUCCAGUGGACCUGGUGCCGAGGAGGCCAGCGAGGCGCGCAUGAAGCAGGAGAAGCGCACGCCCUACUCCCGGCACUACGCCCUCAAGGGCCGCGGCCGCAAGGAGCAGCUCAUGUUUGAGAACAAGGGCGACCGGACUGAGCUCGUGCCCACGCGCGCCUCCGUGGGCAUGUGA